AAAGCGGAGUUGCCGCCCCUGUUGGGUGAGAAAGCAAGAUUAUCUUCUUAUCCAAAAAAGAUGAAACCAACACGGUUACUCUCAAAAGACAACCAAUUGUACUACUACAAGCACUAUUUAUCAGCAAAGAAUGGAGCUGGUUUAUCAAAAUCUAAAGGAAGCCAAAAUGGAUUUGAUAGCACACAGUGGCAUGCAGUUAAAAAGUUUAUUAUGCUAACAUCCAACCAGAAUGUACCAGUGUUCCUUAUUGAUCCUUUGAUUCUGGAAUUGAUUAAUAAAGACUUUGAACAAGUCAAAAAUACAUCUCAUGGCUCCACUUCAGAAUGCAAGUUUUUCUGUGUUCCAAGAGACUUUACUGCGUUUGCACUGUGGUAUCACCUGUGGAAGAAUGAGGAAGGCUGGUUCCGGAUAGCUGAAAAUAUGGGAUUUCAGUGCCUAAAGAUUGAGAGCAAAGAUCCCCGGCUAGAUGGGAUAGACUCCCUUUCUGGAACUGAAAUUCCCCUGCACUACAUCUGCAGAUUGGCCAAUCAUGCCAUCCACUUGGUGGUCUUUCAUGAGAGGAAUGGCAACUACCUCUGGCAUGGCCAUUUACGACUCAAAGGACACAUGGAUAGGAGAUUUGUUCCUUUUCGAAAGUUACAGUUUGGUCGUUAUCCUGGAGCUUUUGACAGGCCAGAGUUGCAACAAAUUACUGUUGAUGGACUAGAAGUUUUCAUCCCGAAAGAUCCAGUGCACUUUCUAGAAGAAAUACCACACUCUAGGUUUAUUGAGUGUAGGUAUAAAGAAGCUCGAGCAUUCUUUCAGCAGUACCUUGAUGAUAACACUGUGGAAGCUAUGACCUUUCGGAAGAAUGCAAAGGAAUUAUUGCAACUGGCAGCCAAAACAUUAAAGAAAUUGGGAGUACGGUUCUGGCUGAGCAGUGGAACUUGUCUAGGGUGGUAUCGGCAAUGCAACAUUAUUCCUUAUAGUAAAGAUGUUGACCUAGGAAUUUUUAUACAAGAUUAUAAAUCUGAUAUUAUUUCAGCAUUUCAUGAUGUAGGACUUCCACUCAAACACAAAUUUGGGAAGGUAGAGGACAGCUUGGAACUAUCUUUCCAAGGAAAAGAUGAUAUAAAACUCGACAUUUUUUUCUUCUAUGAAGAGACUGACCAUAUGUGGAAUGGAGGCACUCAGGCCAAAACGGGAAAAAAAUUUAAAUACCUGUUUCCCAAGUUUACACUGUGCUGGACCGAGUUUGUAGACAUGAAGAUUCAUGUGCCCUGUGAAACUGUUGAGUACAUUGAAGCCAACUAUGGUAAGAGCUGGAAGAUUCCUGUGAAGACAUGGGACUGGAAGCGCUCUCCCCCCAAUGUGCGGCCCAAUGGAAUCUGGCCUAUUUCUGAGUGGGAUGAGGUUAUCCAGUUAUACUGAGACAGUAGGUUGAAAUGGUAGAAUCCCCCUUCUGAAACAAAGGUGGAUAACUGUUUAAGAAGAUAAAUCUCUAUUUGUCAAAUGUAAGUAGGGGCCAAAGAUAUGUCAAGUGUGAAGAUGCAGGAAGAGUCCUAACCUCUGAGCCAUCUGAUUUAAUUCUCUCAUUUUACUUUUAUUAAGGAGUCCCCGUGUGCCAGGUACAGUGCUAGGUUAGAGUGGAGAAGCGGAGAUGAGUGACACACAUGCCUGUCUCUUCCCCUUCCCUUUGGUAAGCACCUCAGUUUUCCUUUGAGGGAAACACCCUUACCUUUGAAGCUCCUAUAAAAUAUGAUGUUCUUUCAGAAUGUUAGAUAAUGGUUGGACUGGAUGAUGGGUUUAUCGGGCAAAGCUAAGGAGGGAUAUACCAGUAAAAAAGAACAGCCCAUUCCUGUAAUCAUCAGUUAAGCUUGUAUGUUAGUCCUGCUUUUAAGUUUGUAGAGUUGGAGUUAAUAUUUAAGUGAUCAGAGUUUAGGUGGCAUCAAGAAAAGACACUAGCAGAUUCAUUUUACAAGCAACAGAAUGAGCACUUCUUUCUAGCUUUGUCAAAGAUAUGCAAAUUUCCGUAUUUUCUAUUUUUAUAUUCGAAGUGAAAAGGAAGCUUGUGCUUGUGUGAUGCUUUAAUUUCCAGCCAUUGUGAGAAUAUUUUCACUGACCUCUGUAGCACUUGUUAACAAAUCACUCAAGUGAGAUCAUGCUACCAGACGUGAUUUUGAAAGGGUUGUGAUUUCACAAAACUUACUUUCCUUGUUUCAUUACCAACCAUCUGUUAGGUAAAAAUAUGAGCUAUUCAUGGACUUUAAUAUUUUCUGAAUUUUUAAUCCUUGUACUUCCAAUUUUAAUGUUAACACUAAAAUAUUAAUAGAAAUACCUCUAAUUUUUCUAAGUGUACUCUUCUGUGUAUUCAUUCAUCAAUUACAGCUCCAUAUCUUUAUUUAUGGCCUAUAAACCAAUUUAAAUGGUAUUUAAGCCUACUUGUCCCCUCUCCUCUAUACUGUAUUGCAUGUCCAAAAUGAAGAUAAAUGGCAAAUCUGACAAAUGCUGUCUCUGUCCUCCUACCCCCAGAUCAUGGUGUUUGUAAAAUUUGUGUCCAUUCUCAUUGUUCUCUCUAAAUGUUCUAUCUGUUGCAUAUUGAUGGGACGAGAACUCGGACUUCCCUGCUUUAUCAAGUACCACCAAUUUUAAAACCCUUCAGUUUCCUUUCCCCGCCUCAAGAUAUGUUUCUGAGUGGGUUGGGAUGGCCCUGUCUCCCCCAUCUCUUCAUGAGUCACUUUAAUGAUAUAUUCCAAGUGAGAAGUAAAAGUAUAUGUAGGCACAAUAAACACUGCUAUCUUUUUCUUUGUCCAGGAAAGGAAGCCAAGUCUUACAUUUCAUCCAGCCUGCUUAGUACUACUUUCUCCACAAAAUCCCAGACUUUCCUCUAAAACCAGAGGAUAAUAGCAGUGUCAGAAUGGAAACCAGAGGGUCUGAGGGAAUAGGCUGACUGAGUUUUCCUAAAACAAAGUUGGGAAAAGUGACCUGCAACCACCCAACUCUAUAUUUUCAGAACACCAAAGACUUUUUUUUGAUAAAUGAUAACCAUUGACCUUCCUCUCUUAGGAUGAGCUUUCAAUAUGUACUCAUUGGAUCUUUUCAUAACUAACAUAAUGAGGUUUUCAGGGACUCUUAUAGAUUACCAGUACACUUGUCCCCAGAUGACCAGCCAUUGUAAUCAGAUUCUCUUUGCUGGAGAAUCAGCCCAUAGAAAUUACACCCGAAUUCUAAACAGCUGAACCUAAUUUCAUUUUUCAUGGUUGAAAAAAUAUCAGGAUAAUAAUAGUGUUCCUUGGCAAAAUCUACCCUGCUUAGUGAGGACCAUUUGCUUGUGCUCAGCCUCUAGAAGUGUAUGUAAAAGUACAUACAUAUUUCUGCCCAUUUCAAAUUGGGGCUUCCACUGUUUGCCAGGGGGUCCUACCCACCCUUAUUUAAGUUAUUUUUCUUUUAUCUAUCCCUGGAGUCCAAGGUCUUGAAGAAUCCAAAAUCUAAGAUGUCUUGGCCCCAUUGACAGAGAUUCUAUACCCUUCCCUCCACAGCCCCCUGGCAGCUGAAAUACCUUUCUUUACUACCUUCUGGUUUCACAGGCUUCUGCUCUUGCUUGGUGCCUACCCUAACUUGAGGGAAUGAAAGCUUUUCCCCAGACUCUGAAGGCUGGGCUUGCUUCUGAUACAGAUUCAGCCAUACUUCAUUCUGUGCUUCUUGACAGUUAUUAACUGUGCUCGGUGUCCACUGGAUGUACCAUCAAACCUCAUCAGAUCACUUUUCUUCCUUCACCUGAGUAUUCCAACAACAAUUCUCCUUGUAUGGCCACAUUCAGGUCCACUUUGUCUGGUUUACAGGAGAAAACCUCUUAUAUUAACUUGCAAGUUAGGCACCCAUGGAUAUCUCCAGACAGAUCCUGAGAGGCAAGAUUGAUAACCUCUCACUUGACAACCAGGUGGCCACUUGGUUCUUCUCUAAGCAGGGAGCACUUGGCCUUCUCCCCUCUGCUGCAGCUACUGACAUCUGGCCCCUGGAAUAAAACUGCAGUACAACCGCAGUUCCUAAAAUCAAGCAUCCCUAAGAAGCUGGGCAGUGGGAUAGCCAGUUUCUUUGAUUCCCUAGUUACAAACCUGAAAUAUGACCACUAGAUGGCAGAAUGUCUACCACCAUCCUCCCGGAACAAGUUCAUCUCAAGUGAAAAUCAUCUUGCUCUUGAGUCUUAAAAGCUAUAGCGGUCACAUUCAUUCUAUCCCUCUUAUUUUAUAGCUAAAUCAAUAAGAGAUAGCAGUGAUUUGAGAACCUCCUGAAGCUAAAACUCAAGAGUGCCAUGACUUUUGGCCCAGUUCCGAUAUCAUUGCAUCACAGCACAGCAUCUUUAACUCUGCUUGAGAUGCUUGACAGAGAAGUCAUCCUGUGCCUCAGGAGUCAGUUUCAGGGUGUUUCUGCCAUUCCCCACUUAAUAUCUUUCUGCUAAGAUUGAGAGCCUGAGGUGACAAAGAGAUCAAGAAGGAGUAUUUCUUUCUUGUCCAGAAUACUUAGGCCGUCUUCAUACCCUUAUCUGCAAAAUGCCAUAUCUCCAAAAGGUGAAAUAGUUCAUGGUUGGAGACAUCAGCCUUUGAUCAUGAUACUCUUAACAUCCAGGAGUACCUGAUUCUCGUAAGCUCAAGGUGUGUCCCAUUGCUACUUCACCCCUUCCACUUCCCCAGGAAACCAUUAGCUAAGCACUCAUUUCCGAAGAAUCCUUACCCCUUCCCUUGAUACUCUCUGACGGAUACAAGCAGUUGAGAAUAAGUUGUACUCAUCCCUUUUCUUCUUUGUGACCCCAAACCAUUGUAUCUAGUCUUAACAUGGCUCCAAACUUCAGAUGGCACAUAGGACAACAAGGUGUUACAUAAAAGAGCAGCAGUUUGUAGAUUGGGGACCAGAGCUGCAUCUGGGAAACACACUUGGAAUGAAUUCCCACACUCUAGCCUAACACCUCACCCAGUAUCAUAAGCCUAAGGCUGCAGAUGUUUCUAAGUCUCCCCCAAGUUUCAACUUCUGGAAAAUGAACAAUUCUUUCAUCCUUAAUAUUAUAAAUCCCCAUGGGAAAAUUUCCCUCAAAGACUAGUCAGAGAAAGUGCCACAUUCCCGACUUCUAAUAUACAGUUAUCCUGGAAAAACUCCAGUUCCUGAUCAGACAAAAGGAUAUCUUUGAGGAAAUGUCCCAGUAGCAAUUUCUCUUUCCUCUUCCUCCUCUUCUCUCAUUAAGACCUGGGCUAGGUCACCUCUGACAUUUCACUUAGGGCAAUCAACAUGUUGGUAUAAAAAGAUCACAAACUUCUGGAUUAGGCCUGAGUUUGCAUCCCAGGUUCAUCAUGUGGGGUUUGUGAUAGAGGACCUCUCAGCCUCAACUUCCACAUGAGUGAAUCGGGGAAAUGUGUACUUCUCAGGGUUUUUAGUUAGGAUAAAAUGGAACAUAAAGUGCUUAGCAUCAGGCCUAGGAUUAAGUAAAUACUCAAGAAAUGUUCCAUUUCCUACUUCCAAGUCCCUUUUCUAAUUAUUUUUCAAAUGGGAUUUAAAAAACUACAGUUCAGAACAUAAGCCUUACUCAGGAGGCUGGAUGACUGAAUUUGCUUAGGGGAAAAAAAUUGUUUCAUUGUAUCAAGGCAUUAAAGGACAAAUUGUAUGGUUCAUGAAUUCCGAGACAUUACCGAGUUGCCUCCUUCUUUAAAUAGAACUAGUAUUUUCAUUUUAUUGGUCAAGCUAUUGUCUCCUAAGCUCUCCUUAUAUGAUCCCUUAUGUUACAUAGUUCCUUGGUCCCAAGCAAUUCACUCUCUCUACCUUCCUAGAUUUGGUACUUGUUCUGCCUUGGACUUCUUCAAUAUUCUAGCUUUUUCUAGAGGUAAACCCUUAUCUCCUUGUUAGUAAAUCUCUACCCAGCCGAAAUCAGAUAUAAGUCAUGAUUUGCAGAGGGAAAGAACUUGGAAUACUUAGUUUCAUGUAACUAUAUGUGCUGAUGAAUGUUUAUAUCUGUGUUUUAGCAAAGGAGAAUUGAAAAUACUCAUUUCCACCUUCUUCCAUCAAAUUUGUGUUUCUGUCUCACUUAGGCAAGAAUCUACAGGGUAUGUUUUAAGCUAUUUUAAGCUUCUCUGCACAAACUCAAAUCUAAUUAUAGUUUAUAAGUCAAACAGACCAAUUCAAUAGUGAUACCUUUUCACAGGACCAGUAGGCAAGUCUACAUUUUUCUAAUGAGGAAUCUGUACUUCUGUAUUCUCAGAACUUCUAGAUUAGAAUGCCCCUUUUGCCAUCCCCCAACCCAACUCAAUGUAGAGAUGAUGUAGGAACCCGUUAGCCAGCCAAGCUGCUAUACAGUUAUGAGCAGCUCUCACAGUGGGGUUGAAAAGGAUUAUGAGGAGAAUUAGAAGUACUGUAUUUUGUUUUAUAAAACAAUGUACUGUCUCAUGCACCAUUAAAAAAAAUUAGAAGAUUUUGUAGUCUUUUGAUGACUCAUUCAGAGCAUGGGUUUGUUAAAUGAAAAUCAUAUAUAGCUAUUUGUGUGCCCCUUCUACUUCAUAACCAGAAAAAUAUGUAUGUGAAUUUUUUAAACAAAAUGAUAUUUUAAACAUGGGUAAAUUUCACUGUAUGCUUACCAGUUGACUAUUUGGUUUUAUCUUCAGGUACAUGUAGUUUGUGGUACUACUGGAAAUACCUUUAAUAUUAUUAUUUUGAUCAGAAUUUGUAAUAUAUGAUCAGUUUGGGAUGACAAAUAAAAAUUUUUUAAUCACUUGA